AUGUUCUCCAAAAUCCUGACUUUGUGCGCCGUUGUGGCGGUGUCCCAAGCGGGACUCCUGCCGGCAGCAGUGCACUACUCAUCCGCUGCGGCCGUCUCCUCCCAGAGCAUUGUGCGCCAUGACCAACCCGCUCUCGCCACCAAGCUGGUAGCCGCCGCGCCAGUCGCCAAGCUGGCCGUUGCCGCCCCCGCUGUGUACCACGCUGCCCCUGCAGUGUAUCACACCCCCGCCCCCGCCGUGUACCACGCCCCCGCCCCCGCUGUAUACCACGCCGCCCCUGUCCACUACGCUGCCCCCGUCGCCAAAGUGCUUGCACAGCCCGAGGAAAUUGCUUACCCUAAAUACGACUUCACUUACUCGGUCGCUGACGGUCACACCGGAGACAACAAGUCCCAGCAGGAAUCCCGCGACGGUGAUGUUGUGAAGGGCUCUUACUCUUUCCACGAGGCCGAUGGUUCCAUCAGGACUGUGGAGUACUCCGCUGACGACCACAGCGGCUUCAACGCUGUCGUGCACAACACCGCGCACCAUGCCCCCGCCCCCGCCGUGUACCACGCCCCCGCCCCCGCUGUAUACCACGCCGCCCCUGUCCACUACGCUGCCCCUGUCGCCAAAGUGCUUGCACAGCCCGAGGAAAUUGCUCAUCCGAAAUACGGUUACUCAUAUUCCGUAGAAGACCCCCAUACAGGUGACCAUAAGUCCCAACACGAGGAGCGCGAUGGUGAUGUGGUGAAGGGAGAGUACUCCCUCCUCCAACCUGAUGGCUCCUUCCGCAAGGUCACCUACACUGCUGACCAUCACAACGGAUUCAACGCCGUUGUACACAACUCUCCACCUGUCAUCCAUCAUCAUUAGAAGACGAGAACCCAUCCUGUGAUAAUAGAUUUAGUUUUCAGUAGUUUUUCUAAGUCCUUUUUCUUUGUUUUGUUCAAUGCUCAAGAUCUCUGUACCCUGUUAGUGUGUGUAUAUUAA